UUUUUAUAAUACAUAUAUUAUUCAGAAUUCACUGAAUUCAGAUUUCUCAUUUCAGUUACCCACGAACUUUAUUGAAAAGUAUUCAGCAAUACGUAUUUUCGACUAUUUUGAAAAAAUAAGACUCAUAAAUUCUCAAAAACCGGUCCCCUGUAUUGAUCUUUAUCUCAUAGAUUAAUAGUAAUCGCAAACACUUUCUUGAAAUCAGGAUAAUGAAAUUGUUGAUAAAACACUAAUUUUGUUAACCCUAUUUAACAUUAACUAAAAUUCAAAUUAUUUAGAUUUUUAAACAAUUCAAUUUUCAUUCAAUCAUUUAAAUGCAUCGAUAUAAAACAAUGGAUAACCAGACUGACUUAUGUUCAAGAUACAUAAAAAUAUUUUUGGUGGUUGCUUGUUAUUGGGUUGUAUCUAUAGCCACAGUAUUUGUGAAUAAAAGUUUACUUAGUGGACAAACAGUAGCAUUAGAAGCACCAUUAUUUAUAACAUGGUUUCAAUGUAUAGUAUCUUUUACCAUAUGUUUUUCAUUGAGUAGAACAGGUGGAAUACCUGGUAUAUUUAAAUUUCCCCAAGGAACACCAUGGAAUCUUGAAGUGGCUUGGAAGGUGAUACCACUGUCAAUAAUGUUUACGCUAAUGAUAUCAACAAACAAUUUAUGUCUUAAGUAUGUUGGUGUAUCCUUCUACUACAUUGGCAGAUCUCUCACCACUGUCUUCAAUGUAAUAUUUAGCUGGGUGCUUUUGAGACAAAAGACAUCUUUUAAAUGUAUUAUGUGCUGUGCCUUCAUAGUUUUAGGAUUUUAUGUGGGAGUAGAUCAGGAAGAACUAUUAGGAUCAUUUUCAUUAAUUGGAACAGUAUAUGGAGUACUGGGAUCCUUGAUGUUAUCACUAUAUUCAAUAUUUACUAAGUCUAUCCUACCAAGCGUCAAUCAAGAAAUAUGGCUAUUAUCAUAUUAUAAUAAUGCAUACUCCAUUAUUUUGUUUCUACCAUUAAUGGUGUUGAAUGGAGAAUUGAGUGUGCUGUGGAAUUAUCCAAACUACCACAGUACUGGUUUCUGGACACAAAUGAUCAUUGGAGGCCUUUGUGGCUUUGCCAUUGGAUAUGUUACAUCAUUACAAAUUAAAGUGACGUCACCACUGACCCAUAAUAUCUCAGGUACAGCGAAAGCAUGUGCACAAACUGUCAUGGCAACACAGUGGUACAACGAAACAAAGAAUUCAAUGUGGUGGUCGUCCAACAUUAUAGUUUUAGCGAGUACUGCGCUUUAUGCCAGGUUUAAACAAUUGGAAAUGGAGGAGAACUCUAGAAAAAUUAUACCGGAAGAAAAGAGAAGUUUAGUUUAAAAAGUGUGCCAAUAACACAUACACUAAAGAUGCAAUACCACAUAAUACACCAUGGUUACUACAUUUAUUUUUGUAAAUUUAUUUGCCAAAAAAUCUUUUGUAUGAAAAUUAUAAACCAGGUACUUUUUAUACAUCUCAACUAUAUUCUUCUUUAAGGAUUUAAGAUUAUCAUUCUAACAAUUACUUACCCUAGUCCUGAAUUAAUAACACGGAUGCAAUAAAAUAACAUGGUAACCAUGGUAACUGAGACGGAUGCUUCAGUCCUUAAAUAUAAGGCUUAUGAUAGGAUUAUUUUUUACACUGGCACAA